AGUCAUUGCUGGUUAGUGGUUACCUAUUUGUGCCCGGUUGUAAUUGAACCGCUUGUUAAAUUUGUUCUUUGAAACUUGUAGUUUAAUUCAAAAUGUUUAAGGAUAUUUGCAAGUUACUGCUUUUAUAUUUGUUUAUCACACCAGCUACAGCAGAAUGGAAUACACUGGAGUAUUCAAGACGAGAACAUUCUCUUACAAAACCUUACCAGGCAAGUGGAAUGGCAUUGCCUUAUUGGGACUUUUUGGGAAGUACAAUUGUAACGUCCAAUUAUGUCCGAUUAACGCCAGACUUGCAGUCUAAAUCUGGUGCGAUUUGGAACACACACCCAUGCCACACUCGAAACUGGGAUUUGCAAGUUCAAUUCAAAGUACAUGGAAAGGGGAAAGACUUGUUUGGAGAUGGCUUUGUGAUAUGGUAUGUCAAAGAGCGAAUGCAGUCGGGCCCAGUCUUUGGCAGUAAAGACUACUUCAAAGGUCUUGCGAUUGUUAUGGACACAUACAGCAACCACAACGGAGCACAUAAUCAUCAACACCCUUAUAUAUCAGCGAUGAUCAACAACGGGUCGCUGCACUACGACCACGAUAGAGACGGAACCCACACCCAGCUGGCUGGCUGCGAGGCUAAGUUCAGAAACUAUAACCACGACACAUACAUAUCUAUUGUGUACAAAGAUGACACACUUAUUGUAUCAACGGACUUGGAAGGCAAGAACGCGUGGAAGGAGUGCUUCAGAGUGGAGAACGUGCUGCUGCCGACUGGCUACUUCUUCGGAGCAUCAGCAACCACCGGAGACCUCAGCGACAACCACGAUAUCGUCGCCAUCAAGAUGUAUGAGCUCGACCUUCUGGAGACGCAAAAAAAGGACGAAGACAGAUCGCAAAUCGUUCCAUCUGCUCAGACAUUCGACGCGCCCCGAACGCGGAUUGAAGACACAAAACCAGCCAUGUCCGCAGUUAUGACAUUCUUGUGGAUGAUGUUCAUAGCACUCGUUCUCAUAGUCCUGGUUGUACUUGGCAUUAUGUGGUACCAGAAACGGCAGGAGAACUCCAGGAAACGGCUCUAUUAACACCCGUGGGAAUGGGGUGACCAAUUAUUGGUAAAGAAGGUGUUUCGUGGGCCAAUUUACUGUACAGUAUACUUAUAUCAAAAACUCGAUGCCCGCUACACCAUGAGGUAUCGGUGCGCGAAAUCUAUAAAUGAAAGACUCCAUUUCACAGGAUCUUUAGGAGCACGUAUUCGAUUCGCGACGAAAACUUCGUGUUUUUGAGUUCUUUUCCAGAGUUAUAUCGGAAUAAUGCGUAAUGUAAAUGUUGUAUAUUCCAACUUUGCUAAACAGAUCCGUAGUAAAGUUGAAAUUAUGAAUAAUAUACUAAUUAAAUUAAAAUUGUGAAUAAUAAUCUUAUAGUACAUUUUAUAAUGAAUGAAAUGGCUCCAUACAGUAAAAUUCAAUAGGUUUUUUUUUUAUGAAAAUAAGGGGCGAGACGAGCAUGACCUUCAGCUGAUGGUAAUUGAUACGCUCUGCCCGUUACAAUGUAGUGCCGCUCAGGAUUCUAGAAAAACCCCAAAAAUUCUAAGCGGCACUACAAUUGCGCCCGUCAUCUUGAGACAUAAGAUGUUAAGCCUCGUUUGACUAGUAAUUUCACUAGCUACGGCGCUAGAAUAAUGUUUGCAUAUUACUGCUUCACGGCAGAAAUAGGCAAAGGAGCCCCCCACUGGUAAAGGUAGCAAAAAGCAUCUAAGUAACAGAUUAUUUAAUAUUGCCAUUGUAAUUUUGUGUAAUAUUAAACUUUGAUGAGUUGUCAAUGUGGUUGUUUAUUGUUGGAUGUAUUUUAUUGAGUACAAAAUAUUAUAAAAUUAUGUAUGUCCUAUUUAGUAUACCUCGGUGUUCAAUACUACUCUCACUAAAUGUUUUAAGAAUCAUCACCCUUAUACUAUAGUUUCUCGAUUUAGACUUUUUAUGUGUUCUCUUAUUGCUGUAAAGGCCAAUCGCAGAUGACACACUGUUGUUGCUAUCGACUGCAUACUGCGGCACACAAAUUGUCUUUGGCAGAUAUUUCACAGACUCAACGCACACGACGUACAGUUUCGGUCAUUUUUGUCGGCAGAACUGUAGGGUUGUACACGCAAUGGAAGUACAGAGAUUGCGGUGUAUUAUUUCGUACUUGAGAUAUAAAAAAGAAGAAGAAAUAGAAAAUUUUGGGUUCAGCCUAUUCUUUUAGAACGAUUAUUAAAGGGACUGUUUCAUGUUAAACAUUCAGUUCUAAAACUAUAUCCAAAUAAAUUUGCACACUUCAUCCCACAAUUUUCUUUUUAAAUAUCCGUCAUGAUACUGUGCCAAAUAUGUAUUAUACAGUGCUAGUCUGUUUUCUAUUUCUUGAAUCAACAUUGACACGUCGAUACACAGAGUACCUACCUUUGUUUUGUAUAUAUUAGCAAUAGAGACCUAACUCAACUAUUAAAAUGGGAAAGACAAAAGUACCGCCAUCUGUUAUCGUGUCUUGAAACCUUUUAAAGGCAAUAGCUACACAUACCUAUACCUACUAGGUAUUUGUAAUUGUUACCUAUAUAACUAUUGUUAGUAUAAUAAUAAAACAAAAACAUAAUUUUUAAGUCAUUUAUUUUUCCUUUUAUAACAUUAAUUGUAAAAUAUUUUUCGCAUUUACUUGAAAUGUAUCCUCAUAAUUAUUAGACUCCUUGUUAUUUCACAACCAAUAACAAAUCACAUUGAUACAAAGAAUAACAAAAGAAUCACUGUGUAAUGAUUAUAUUAUGUAUGAGUGAACAAACUAACUUAACAGAUAUAGGUGUAAAGCACAUACAAUAAAACAUACAGUCGAAUCACAAAACAUAACAUACAACACAAGAACAGGCACUGGCGGCCAUUUGUCUAUAAUAAUCAUUGCGCCGUGCAAGUGACAUUUUAAUAUUUUGGAUUUUCUAUGACAGCAGCGACAUCUCUGUGCAGGUUUUGUACAUACAAUACAUAUUAUAAUCCUCUGAAAUUAAAAUGCUAAUAUUUGUCCUUACUUCUGCAAUAUUUUAGUACAUUUUCAUUUUUUAUAGUUAACAACUAAGAUUGCAUACCCUGCGUCGAUGUCUAGCGCCAUGAUACACGUCAAUCUCUAGCAAGUGCAGACUACAGAUUAAAGUGAGCGUCGUCUGCGUUAGCGCGGGUAGUCGCGAACGUUAUAUUUUUUGCCGCCCUUUUUGUACUGCGCGUUCUGUCAGAUCUACGAGGAUAUUUUGUGUGUAAGACUUUUUGUGCUUCGUUUGCGGUACUGCAUAUCUUAAUAUAUAUAAAUUACGUGACACGUUGUUUGUCCGUGAUGGACGCCUAAACUAAUGAACGGAUUUAAAUGGGAAUUAGUUCAUGGAGUGCAGUUUCGUCCAACUUGAGAGAUAGGAUUGUUUUUAUUUCGAUUUGCGACCCAUAUUUAUUUUUUUCCAAUAUUUGUUUUGUAUGGACAUAUUUUCUGCGAGAGAAUUUAUUGACGCACGGUUUGACAGUUCUGCUGUGAAACAAUUUCUUUAUAACAACAAGCACAUGUUACGAAAUAAUUCUUGAUUUUAUGAAAAAUUAUUGGCAAAUUCCUAUAAAACGGUAUUUUGUAUGAUCUACAAAACAACGUCUGUCGGGUCAGCUAGUAAUUCUAUAUGUUUUAUUAUCACAGGCUGAAAAGUGCGUCACGAAUAGUCUGUCGGCUGCGAUAAUAGGCCUUAAACAUGAGAAUUUAUGUUGUUUUGAAAGCUCUCAGAUCAUAUUACGUUAUGAGUAGGUAAUGCUUAUCAUUAGAUGGAUAAUCUGCUAGAAAAUUUGGGUAACUCUUAGAUAAUUUAUACGUCUAUAUAUAGAGCCUCUUGCUGCUAGACAACCGAAGAAAACAGGCCAGGCUUAUUACUUUAGUGUGCGUAACAAGCUACGUUUUACACUAGCGAUUUUUAUUUCACUUUCUGUUAGUAUGUGUGCAUUGCUCAAAAUACAGGUGAACUGUCAACAUCAAUUGGAUGUAUUUCCAGAAAAACGUUCCAAACCACAAUCAUGUCGAAAUUGAAUUAAGAACACAAAACUGAUCACGUGAUUCAUAUUAACGGACUGAAAAAAAAUGGCAGCCCUACUGUCACUCUUUAAAUAACAUCAUGACUUAGUAGCCCAACCCACAUGUAUGGAAUACACUAAUAUUUAUUAAACUUUAAACACGAAUUCCUUAAAAUGUGAUAUUUGUGGCUUGGAACCAUUUUCAGGAACUACGUCCAAUUUUUUUUCGACGUUUUCAAAGCUGUCACAGUAUCUAGACGUAUAGUUAAUGAUCUAAGGUAAAACUAUAUCUAGGGAUCUGCAUAUAACAAACAAAAGAGAAAAAGUGUUAGUGGUGAGGCGAGAUUAUGUCUUUAUUUAAAUUGCAAUAAUUGCAAAACAUACAAUUUAAGUAAAUAAUUAGUUUUUCUGUCUAACUAUAUGCUGUACAAUAUUAAGUUGGCCCAAAAAGAAUCUGUUGUUGUGGUGAACGGUCUUUAGUUUCUAAACGAGUCAUUAAGUAUAGGACCAAGCAAUUAUAAAGUAUUUUUUAUAUUUCGUAAUGACGUAUUAUCUGUAGACUAUUUACACGUACGUUCUAGCACUUUGAACCGCCCGUUCAGUCACUUAAAUUCAAAUUGAAAUAUUUUUAUUCAAAAUAGGAUUUAAAAUCACUUAUUGAACGUCAAAAACUACCACCCAUUCAAAAGAGACUGCCUCAGACCUGAGAAGAAUGGGCGCUAGAAACUCAGCGGGCUUUUUUUUUAAUAUAAAAUAUGGAUUACAAUGUGAUAUCGUACAAUAAACAUUUAUAAUUAAAGAGCCUGAGGGUGUUCGCUUUAAUCCCAGUCCGUGGUGUCAUUAAGAAAAUCGCUAAUGCUAUAGUAACCUUUCCCACACAAACGUUUUUUAACAAUUCUUUUAAAUUUCGUAACACAUUUGUUUUGUACAUUUUCUGGGAUCAUAUUGUAGAAGCAUAUACAUCGCCCAACAAAAGACUUACUAACUCGAACUAACCGAGUAGUAGGCACAACAAGUUUAUGUUUGUUCCUCGUGUUAACAUUAUAAAUGUCUUCGUUUCGAAAAACGGCAUUACAUUUCUAACAAUAUGCAAAAGUAUGUAUAUGAAAUUUGGUACUUUGAAAGUGAACUUUCGUGGGACCUUCUUAUCCCCUAAGGGAUGAAACUUUCGGAAACAUUUUCUUCCACGUCUACAAUUUUAGAAAAAAAAACUUUAUUUCACCAAUUAAAUAGGCUCAAACGAGAACUAAUUUUUUUUUUUUUUAAUUUAAUGAUUAUUUUCCAAAAUUAUUGUGCCGUGACGUCAUUUGUAUUUCAAUUAAAAUGGCCGAUGUCGAAUUUCAAAAUUUUAUUUUAUUGAAUAAUACCUUAUUAAUCUUAAAAUAUAUCUAUCAAAACUGGGCCAUUUUUGAGAACCCUUUUUAAUUUUCAUGAAAUACUUUAAUUAUCCUUUGAAUUUUUACUACUGUCUCAUGCCCAUUUCAACUAUUCCUAACAACGCAGGAUAUUUUUGUGUUCCGUACUGUUAACUUGCAAAACGACAGAAAUGCGUGCUUGUAGCGGGCCAGUCACCGUGGUUAACUAGUUUAUGAUCACGUUUAGUUACCUUAGUGUCGUGUUUUAGAACGUUCUUGGGUAACGAGUCUACCUUAAUAAUACGUCAUUGAAUUUUUCGACUGUAAAACGUUAUAUUAAAUAUAAUUAUAGACACUCUGUUGAUCAUUUUAUGACGCCCAACCAAUGACUUUCUAUACCCAUAUAAGGACACAUCAUUCGCAGUCUGAAAGCGGAACGUAAAAGUGUGCUUAAAGACAAUGUAACUAUUAAAGACUAUGUAACACUUUUCUCCUUAGUCGUGUGUCAACUGUCACUGUCCGAAUCGGGUUCUAAAUUCAACAUAUACCUGAACUGAAUAAUUAAUUACAAUGUUGAUUAUUGACUAAUAGUUAUUUAUGCAACUGUAGUGUAAUAAGGAGUAUUAAUACACGAAUGUUGGUUUAUCACAUGAGGCGAAUGUGAUAAUAGUAUCACAUGAGUGUUUUAAUACCUAAUUAUCAACAGUUGCAUAUAAGACUUAAUAUGCACCCAUAAUAUGAAUCCUCUAUAAAAUAUGCUGAAACAGUUAGCUUACUGCUAACAGUAAAAGAGCCAGUCCUAGUAACCAUAAUAUCAUCCAAAGGAGUGUUAUUUUGAAUACGGAUAAUAUAAUGUUGUACUGAAUUUCAUUUUAACACUCGUUUGGAUGAUGUUAUGGCUAUUUUCCUAUUAUCGUACGCAAAGUUCAAUUUUGCGCAUGCAUUUGCGUUCGCAAAGUACCACUUUCCCACAGAGACCCUAACUUUAUCAACACUCUCCAUGGAUCUAAAAGAUUAUCUUACUAAGUGACUGUUACCGUUUAAUAAGUAUGUAAGUUUGUAUUUGUACAGGAUGUUAUCGAAAUGAUUAAAGCUUUUAUAACCACUUUUACGAUACUUGGGAAUAACUAGUACAGUAGGUAUAUUCUAAAACACAAUCAAUUUUCACAAUAGGAUAGGCUCAGUUUUGGUACAGUUUUGAUCUUGAUAAUAACAUCCUGUAUAGUAUUAUUACAGGGUAUUUGACUAUAUUAAAAAUGGACCCAGUUGUUCCAUUUGCGUUCGCAAAGUACUACUUUCCCGCACGUUGACAAGAGCGUGCGGGAAUGUAUAAGAGUAUACCUUACGCCUUCUCUCGCCUUGCCACUCGCGGGAACCACCUACUUUGCGCAGUCGUAUCGUUGCAUAGCGCUAUCGUAAUGUACUAUAGGACAUUGAGUGUUUCAAUGUUGGCAAUGAGCUGUUUAAGAAUCUUUAAUAGAGGAUUUAAAACAUGGGUGUAGAUAAAAAUAUUUUAUAUACUUGGAGUAAAUGCGGCAAUGUAUUUGAUAUAGCGGUCGAAGUUUAUUACGGUGUAAUUUGUAGUAUGCACCAUACUUCGGCUUUGUUUUAAUACGAAGUGAUUUUUCUAUAUGUAUAGAAUGUCAUUGCACCGAAUGCUCGAAGUCAAUGUAAAUUUAGUUCCACGUAUUGGUCUCUGUUCUGGGCGUUGGUCUAAUAGCCAUCACCCAUUAUAGGCUCUCGUGAGUGACGUAAAUCUUUGGUGAUAAUUAUUUUCUCAAUAAUAUUAUUCUCCUUUUCAUAGUGUUUGUAUUAUUUAUUAUAAAAAGUAGGGAAUGUAGCUUGAGCCAUCACAUUACAUUAAGAUGUAUAUAAGUGUAAGAAAAGUAUAUUUCACUAGCUUUGGGGUAUUUUGAAACAGUGUUAUUGUAAAUCGGAGCAAUUGAAAACAUGACAUCUACAGGAUCUAUUUUACAGUUGAUAACAUGCUCAAACCGAAUUAAUCUCAGAAACGAGAAAUAAAUUUAAUUAAAAUAACAAAUUGCUUAGAGAAACUUAGUUCCGUCAUAACAAAAUAAUGCUAAUACCUGGGAAUGUGAAACUUGUCUGAGAUUACCCCUGUUUACAAUUGACCCUAACUUUAUCAACACUCCAUGGAUCUAAAAGAUUAUUUUACUAAUUGACUGUUACCGUUUAAUAAGUAUGUAAGUUUUUAGUUGUACAGGAUGUUAUCGAAAUGAUUAAAACUUUUAUAACAAAUUUUACGUUACUUGGGAAAAACUAGUACUAGGUAUACUCUAAAACACAAUUUUCACAAUAGGAUAGGCUCAGUUUUGGUACAGUUUUGAUCUUGAUAAUAACAUCCUGUAUAAUAUUAUUAUAGGGUAUUUGACUAUGUUAAAAUGGACCCAGUUGUUCCAAAAUGUAUCUAAUAACUCAAAAAAAAAAUUCAGUAAAAAAAAUGUCACUAAGUUAGCAGACUAUUAUGAAUAAGGGGGUAUAUGUAUAGAACUUCAUUGCUAAAAAUAGCACUUUAUUUGCUUUUCACUAUCAAGUUUCUCUAGAAUAUAAAUAGAGGUAUAAUUUACUUGUUACACCAUUUGUAGGCUUUUUUUGCAAACAUUUUUAAAGGCCAUUUUAUUUAUUAGAAUUAAAAGGUAAUUUAUAAUCAAAACGCUUAAAAUAUUCACGCAAUAAGUAUGGCACAUAACAUGAUUUGAAGAACAUGAAAAAAAAACCUAGUAAAAUACCCUAUUUGUAAUUAUUAUGAUAUUAAUAAUUUAAUUUAAUUUGAAACGGGCGAUGUCAUAUCAAUGAUUUGUUUAAGUAUUAAUGUAUGUUUAAUAAAGUUUUUAAUUUGU